CAGCGGGGGCCGUUAAAUACUUUAUACGAAAUAAACAAAAACCAUUAGCUCUGUGUUAAAAUGAAUUCAUCGACCGAUUCGACGUUUUCGGAUUUAAACACAAGUUUUACAAAUACACCAGAUUUAUACACCACUAGUGUUAGUUUGGAUCCAUCCCACGGAUUAGAGGAAGAGGUCCACUACGCCUGCGGAACCUUAAACUGCUCUCCAAAAGAGUUUGUGGCUUUUGUGCUUGGUCCACAGACCUUACCACUUUACAAGGCAAUUUUGAUAACAAUUAUUUUUGGAGGCAUAUUUAUAACCGGGGUCGUUGGUAAUCUCUUAGUAUGCAUUGUGAUUAUUCGCCACUCGGCAAUGCACACUGCGACCAAUUACUAUCUCUUCAGUUUGGCUGUUUCUGAUCUGCUGUACCUAUUAUUCGGAUUACCAACAGAAGUGUUUUUGUACUGGCAUCAGUACCCGUACCUCUUCGGCAUGCCAUUCUGCAAAAUACGCGCAUUUAUUUCAGAGGCAUGCACCUAUGUCUCCGUAUUCACCAUCGUUGCAUUUUCCAUGGAGAGAUUCCUGGCCAUUUGCCAUCCAUUGCACCUAUAUGCUAUGGUUGGCUUCAAGCGCGCGAUUCGGAUAAUAACAGCUCUUUGGAUUGCCAGUUUUAUAAGCGCCAUUCCAUUUGGACUGCUGUCGGAUAUUCAAUACAUUAACUACCCAUUAGAUAAAGUCCGCAUUGAGGAGUCGGCAUUCUGUUCCAUGUCCAUCAAGAUAGUUAACGAAAUUCCAGUGUUUGAAGUAUCCUUUUGCAUAUUCUUUGUCAUUCCGAUGAUACUCAUCAUAGUACUCUACGGACGAAUGGGAGCCAAGAUUCGAUCUCGAACAAACCAAAAAUUGGGUGUUCAACAUGGCACCAACAACAGAGAAACGAGAAACUCCCAAAUGAAAAAGAAGACGGUAAUUCGAAUGUUGGCCGCUGUGGUGAUAACAUUUUUCGUGUGCUGGUUUCCGUUCCACCUGCAAAGACUAAUAUUCUUGUAUGCCACCAAUAUGGACAAUUAUUUGGAUAUCAACGAAGCACUCUUCUCGAUUGCAGGAUUCGCGUACUACGUUUCAUGCACCGUAAACCCAAUAGUAUACAGUGUGAUGUCACGUCGCUAUAGGGUUGCGUUCAGGGAACUCCUCUGCGGAAAAGCCGUGGGCGCAUAUUACAAUAGUGGAUUCGCGAGAGAUCACUCCAGUUUCCGGGAAAGCUCAGCCUACGACCGCGUUCAUUCUGUUCACGUUAGAGCCAGCCGGCAUCCAAAUAAGUUCGAAACGGACUCCCUAUCUGCAAAUAGGCUGUUGAUAAAGAAAACCUACAGUCUCCCGCUACCAAAAAAUGCGGACUCUACAGUCCUGAGCACCACUGACAUUGUCAUCGUGCUGGAAAACAGCCACACAGUUUGCGAGGAGCCCAAAGUUGAGAAAGAUAUUUGGAGUGAAAACGAGGAGACUUGUAUUUAAGAAGGAAGCCAUUUCAACAUUUGUAGUUUAAACCAAAGGCGUUGAGGGAGAGCGCAAGGUAACGAGCACAACUUUUUGUAAAACUAAUUUAAGACCUAAAGUUUGUGUACUUAGUUGAUUAAGUGACAUGACUGUCUAAAUUCAAAUGUGUCAGCACAGAGGAGAUUUAAUUAUUUCCACCACAUCUCAUAUUAAUGAAUAAACCAACUGAGUUGUAUUAUUACCGAACAGUUGUAUUUAUUUAUAAAAUGGUAAUACGUUGAGAAAGAAACGUUGCACUUUUCCAUCUUCACAUACCUACUGGCUACAAAA